CCUUCAAACUAGAAAUAGCCUCCACGACCAUUGCUGAAACCUUAGGAUGCGACGGCAACGCUUUCGGUUUCUUACUCGGACUUUUCUUCGCCUUUUUUGGCGUAGCAGCCACAGGGGUAGCGGAAACAGUAGCAGUUUCUUCAGCCAUCUCGCUCACAGUUUUGCAGAGAAAUGAAUCAAAUUUCUGAGUUACUUUAAUGUUAUACAAUAAUGCUAGGUGGCGCUUAGAAAUCUUUCGUCUGCAAUAGGUCUCCUUAGUCACGUGAUUGGAAACAAAAUUGAUAAAUAGGCCAGGUCUAAAUUUCGCGGGCACAUUUUCUCGUUUUAACGAAAUCGCGGCCUCUCGAUAUGGCUCGUACAAAGCAGACUGCAAGGAAAAGUACCGGAGGUAAAGCUCCUAGGAAGCAGCUGGCCACCAAAGCUGCACGUAAAAGCGCACCAGCAACCGGAGGUGUUAAAAAACCUCAUCGUUACAGACCAGGUACUGUUGCUUUGAGAGAAAUUCGUCGUUAUCAGAAAUCAACGGAAUUGCUUAUCCGCAAAUUGCCUUUCCAGCGCUUAGUUAGAGAAAUUGCUCAAGAUUUUAAGACCGAUCUCCGAUUUCAGAGCUCGGCAGUUAUGGCUCUUCAGGAAGCCAGCGAAGCUUACCUCGUAGGAUUGUUCGAAGAUACCAACUUGUGCGCCAUUCACGCCAAGAGAGUCACCAUCAUGCCUAAAGACAUUCAGCUGGCCCGUCGUAUUCGAGGAGAGAGAGCUUAA